AUGAAUAAAAGCUGCAGCGUAAACAGUUACGGAGUAGGCAGUGGUCUGAGCGGCAUUGGCAGCUGGUCAACACGUGGUGUCGGAGGUGUUAGUGGUGAUUCACAGGGCAGCGGACUUUUUGGCACCAAUCGACAGCAGGCUGAUCGUCUUCCGGCAUGUGAACAUAUCCCAAAAUUGCUGUGCUGUACUGAACGUGUUCUGGAUAAAUGUCUUACUGGUUGCUUGGAUUAUGUAGCCGAAAAAUGCCCACAUAAAAUGCGUAAUUACGAUAAAAUUAUCUCCGGUUCCAACAAUGCUGACGGAAAAACGACAACACCAAAAACUACACCAAAUCAACAAACCCACCCUCCUUUGACAACAAUGCCAACAACAUUACCUGAGCUCACAACCCAGGAUCCUCGUCGUCAACAAGCGAAAAAACCAGCUAUUCUUGUUGGACCAAAAACUUCGCCGCAGAAGCUCUUUCAACUUUCAAGCGAUGGGCAUGUGGAUUCUGGAGAGGCUCAACGUGAAACAAUAACACAUAAAAAUUAUGGCGACUACAUCCAUCUCAAUCAACGAUAUCCGAUUACUGAAGAUUCCGAUUCUAAGCUAUCAUCCGAUUGCGGCGUCGAGACUUCCCGGCCACCAUAUUCACCAUGUUUGUCAAGGAAACUAGUGCCGUCGAACUGCCACAGCCUUUGUACAUACGAGCAUCGCGAACAUGUCGCAGCGGAGACACUAAUUCAGGCGAUACAACAGGAUGUAUGCGACCUGAAAUAUCUCAGCAACAUAUUGUACUGCGCCAACCGAAAUCGAGAUAACCGGAAAUGUUGUCAGUUCCUGGGAAUGGCACAACCAGAACUUGGUGUCGGCGAUAGGUAUGAAUGA